AUGCACCGCUGCCACGCCAAGUACCAGCUCCGACUCCUUAUGGAGGAGGAUUUCUGGAAGCAGAAGGCGGCCGUUCGCUGGGUGGCAGAGGGCGAGCGGAACACUAGGUUCUUCCAGGGCUUUGUUAGACAGAAGCGUGCUAAGUCGUACAUCCAUAGUAUUGAGGCAGAUGGGUCAUCCCUGACCCAGGAGUCUCAGAUUCGGGAGUCGGCUGUUGCUCACUUCCAGACCCUCUUCACCUCUGACAGAUGGUCCCUCCUUACCCUGACCCUGUUCGCCGGCGGGCCGCCACCUCCGCCACCUCUGGCGGCAAGCCGCCUGACCUCCCUUCACCUACCUCCCUCUUAUCCGGUCCCAGUUCAUGGCCCCGAUCCCGAUUCCUCCUGCAACCCCAUUUCUGCGAAUUCAGCCCACACAAUAGGAGCAAUCUUCCCUCCGAUCUCCUCCUCCUCAACCUACAUCACCGCAUCACAGGGAUCCCCUCAGCUGAGCAGCGACCCGUCGGUGGCCACUAUACCAGAUCUGGGUCCUUCUCGAGAUCCAAAUCUGCCCCUUCUAUUGGGUCUUCCCCUAUUAGGCCCAAAAAAACUAACGGGCCACUACUUCAAUCCGCAACCCACAACAUCAAAGUAA